AUGUCAGUGUCCCGCAAGAAAGAGUUUGAUGUGAAACAGAUCCUCAGGCUACGUUGGAGGUGGUUUAGUCAUCCUUCUCAAGGUUCGCCCAACACUGGAAGCUGCCUUCAGCAGGAAGGAUAUGAGCAUAGAGGGACCCCAGUUCAGGGCAGGUUAAAGAGCCACUCUCGGGACAGAAACGGACUGAAGAAAAGCAACAGUCCUGUCCACCACAACAUACUGGCACCAGUGCCAGGACCGGCCCCUGCUCAUCAAAGAGCCCUUCAGAAUUGGCACCAACAAAACCUGACAGAACAUCUUCAAGCAAAUGAAGAUACUCCUAAAGAAGUUCCAGAAAGGAAUUUGUUCAAAGAAGCUUCUGAGAAACACUCACAAGAUUUGGAGAUGAUGGCUGACAACAAAACAGAAAAUUCUACAGCAAGAUUAGAUACACAACCUCCUGAAGAAGUGAAUAUCGUUAGAUCUGAGGAGCAGUUCUGUGCUGUAAACCAUGCAGAGCAAACUCUCCAAAAAAUAGGGGACUACUUGAAAGAAAAACAACUAUGUGAUGUGCUACUCAUUGCCGGAGACCUCCGAAUCCCAGCACAUCGGUUGGUUCUCAGUGCAGUGUCUGAUUACUUUUCUGCAAUGUUUAGUAAUGAUGUGAUCGAAGCCAAACGAGAAGAGGUCAGGAUGGAAGGAAUAGAUCCACAUGCACUUAAUUCCUUGGUGCAGUAUGCUUACACAGGUGUCCUGCAACUGAAAGACGAUACCAUUGAAAGUUUGCUGGCUAGUGCUUGUUUCCUGCAGCUGACUCAAGUCAUUGACGUCUGCUCCAAUUUCCUCAUAAAGCGGCUCCAUCCUUCAAACUGCUUGGGCAUUCGAUCAUUUGGAGAUGCCCAGGGCUGUGUAGAGCUCUUGAACGUGGCUCAUAAGUAUACCAUGGAACAUUUCAUUGAGGUAAUACAGAACCAAGAAUUCCUCCUGCUUCCAGCUAAUGAAAUUUCAAAACUUCUGGGCAGUGAUGACAUUAAUGUGCCUGAUGAAGAAACUAUUUUUCAUGCCGUAAUGCAGUGGGUGAAGCAUGAUGUGCAGAGCAGGCAACGAGACCUGGCAAUGCUGCUUUCUUACAUCAGACUGCCAUUACUUCCACCACAGUUACUGGCAGAUCUUGAAAACAGUUUCAUGUUUACUGCUGAUCUUGAAUGUCAGAAGCUCCUAAUAGAAGCUAUGAAGUAUCAUCUCUUACCUGAGAGGAGAUCCAUGAUGCAAAGUCCUCGGACAAAGCCUAGAAAAUCAACUGUGGGGGCGCUUUAUGCUGUGGGAGGCAUGGAUGCUAUGAAAGGUACCACUACAAUUGAAAAAUACGACCUCAGGGCCAACAGUUGGCUGCAUAUUGGCACCAUGAGUGGCCGUAGACUUCAAUUUGGAGUUGCAGUUAUUGAUAAUAAGCUAUAUGUUGUGGGAGGAAGAGACGGUUUAAAAACUUUGAAUACUGUGGAAUGUUUUAAUCCAGUUGGCAAAAUCUGGACUGUGAUGCCUCCCAUGUCAACACAUAGGCAUGGCUUAGGAGUAGCCACACUUGAAGGACCAAUGUAUGCUGUAGGUGGUCAUGAUGGAUGGAGUUAUCUAAAUACUGUAGAAAGAUGGGACCCUGAGGGACAACAGUGGAAUUAUGUGGCCAGUAUGUCAACUGCUAGAAGCACAGUUGGUGUUGUUGCAUUAAAUAACAAGUUGUAUGCUAUUGGUGGACGUGAUGGAAGUUCCUGCCUCAAAUCAAUGGAAUACUUCAACCCACACACUAACAAGUGGAAUCUGUGUGCCUCAAUGUCCAAAAGACGUGGAAGUGUGGGAGUUGCAACAUACAAUGGAUUUUUAUAUGUUGUAGGGGGUCACGAUGCGCCUGCUUCUAACCGUUGCUCCAGUCUUACCAACUGUGUGGAACGGUACAAUCCAAAAAAUGAUUCAUGGUCAACCAUGGCACCUCUGAGUAUUCCUCGAGAUGCUGUUGCUGUGUGCCCCCUGGGAGACAAACUCUAUGUAGUUGGAGGAUAUGAUGGACGUACUUAUUUGAAGACUGUUGAGUCAUAUGAUACACAGAAAAAUGAAUGGAAAGAGGGCAUGCAGGACCUUUCAAAUACCUUCUAUACCACACGGGAGCUGAAGGAGACUCUGGGGCAUUAA